AUGAAAGGAGGGAGUGGCCAGGAAGAGUUAGAUUGGGACAGCUAUGAUAAGAUAAAAGAACAACUGCUGGGGAGAAAGGGAAAAGAAAAGCUGAUGGCAACUGCUGCAGCAGAGAAAAUUGUUCGGUCAUGGAUGGAAAACAUAGCCAAAGCAGCCAAGGAAGGAGGGAGUGAAGAACAAGAACUAGACUGGGAUAGCUACGAAAAGAUAAAUGAAGAAAUGAUUCUCCUCAAUAAGCUUCAACGUUCUUCAGAGAAGGCAAACGCCAAAGAGAUGGCAAAACCAGAAGCUGAGAAAGAAGCACAGAUAAAAGCAAUAAAAAGGGUAAGGCUUACUCAAAAGAAAAGAGAUCUCCGACGGAGGGCUAAAGCAAGAGAGAAUAAAAAAAGUCAACCAUACAAAAAAGCAGAGCAAGACAAACUCAAAGUUGGCUCUAAAUUAACUAAAGAUCAUGUUAGUAACGUCAGCAGUGAAGUAGCUGAAAAAGGAGACAUUAUGCAUUCAAAAUUUCCAACUCAUGUUAAAUUGGAUUUAGAGCUUAUCAUAAGAGAGAAAAUGCAGAAAAAAGUAUCGUUUGCAGAACAGAUCCAAGCUGCUAAACUUAUAAAGAGGAAGCUCAAAUGA